GCAGAUUCAUACUGCUGGCAUCUUCAUUAGCAAUUUGGUUGGCCUAAUUUUAUUAAAGUAAUCUUACCUUGAGAUGCAAUUAGCGAGUGACACUCUGCAUGAAGUCAAAGUGUAGUCUGGCUGCUGCCUCCUGCUAGCACCGUAGCCACGGAUAACCUGUCAUAUUCCCCAUUCAGCCGUCAAAAUGCACAGGAAGCUCUGGAAACAGGAGCUGUUAAACAAUGCAGAUGUGACCAUUCCAGAUCGGCCUUUAUCCCCUCCACUCACUGCCCCAGCAACCAUGAAGUCUGCAGAGUUCUUUGAAAUGCUGGAAAAAAUGCAGGCACCAAAACCUGAAGACCAGAGAACCGGAAGCCAGAAAAAUAAGGAAGAUUACAUCCCAUACCCCAGCAUUGAUGAGAUUUUAGAGAAAGGAAGCUCUUAUCCCUUGAUCAUUCUGCCCCAGUUUGGAGGGUACUGGAUUGAAGAUCCGGAAAAUCUCAGCACGCCUACCUCAUCGGAUAGCAGCAUCUCUGAAGAGGAAGAAGAAAACCUUAGCCCUAGCACGUAUGGGUAUAAAUUAGAGUGCAAAGCUGAAGCCAAGGCAUACAGAAAACACUUUCUAGGGAAGGAUCAUUUAAAUUUUUAUUGUACAGCCAGCAGCCUAGGGAAUCUGAUCCUUUCUAUUAAGUGUGAAGAGGCAGAUGGUACUGAAUAUUUACGGAUUAUACUCAGGUCGAAACUGAAAACAUUACAUGAAAGAAUCCCCCUGGCAGGACUUAGCAAGUUUCCUAGUAUCCCACAGAUUGCAAAGGCUUUCUGUGAUGAUGCCUCCGGACUGAAAUUUAACCCAGUCCUGUACCCCAAGAGAAUAAAACAAGACAAAACAGAAGAAGCCAUAGUUGCUGGGAACAACUGUGCCUCUCCUGUAACAAUGAAUCUCCCCUCGGCAUCCCAGAUGAUAGUGUCUUAUGAUGAGCAUGAGCUUAAUAACACAUUUAAAUUUGGUGUGAUUUAUCAAAAGUUUAAACAGACUUUAGAGGAAGAAUUGUUUGGGAAUAAUGAAGAGAGCCCUUCUUUCAAGAACUUCUUGAGUUUGCUAGGGGAAACCAUAACGCUCCAGGAUUUCAAAGGUUUUCGAGGGGGUCUGGAUGUAAUGCAUGGUCAGACUGGUACUGAGUCUGUGUACACGGUGUUCAGGGACAGAGAGAUUAUGUUUCAUGUCUCCACAAAGUUGCCUUUUACUGAAGGAGAUGCACAGCAGCUCCAGAGAAAGAGACACAUCGGUAACGACAUAGUGGCAAUUAUAUUUCAAGAAGAAAACACUCCAUUUGUCCCAGACAUGAUUGCCUCAAAUUUCCUGCAUGCAUACAUUGUUGUGCAAGUGGAGAGCCCUGAGACAGACAAUGAAUCUUACAAGGUGUCGGUCACUGCCCGGGAAGAUGUCCCUUCGUUUGGUCCUUCUCUGCCAAGCCCACCAGUAUUUCAAAAAAACACAGAGUUCAGGGAGUUCCUGCUUACCAAACUCAUCAAUGCUGAAAAUGCUUGCUGCAAAUCUGACAAGUUUGCAAAGCUGGAGGACCGGACACGAGCUGCAUUGCUGGACAAUCUCCAUGAUGAGCUCCAUACACACACACAGGCAAUGCUAGGGCUGGGGCCGGAGGAAGAUAAGCUUGAGAAUGGAGGUCAUGGAGGUUUCUUGGAAUCAUUUAAGAGAGCCAUUCGAGUCCGCAGCCAUUCAAUGGAAACCAUGGUGGGGAGUCAGAAGAAACAUCACAGUGGAGGGAUCCCAGGGAGCCUGAGUGGAGGAAUCACCCACAACAGUGGUGAAAUAACAAAGACCACCUUCUCGCCUCCUGUAGCCGCAGCAACAGCCAAGAACCAGUCAAGGAGUCCUAUUAAGCGACGGUCGGGGUUGUUCCCCCGCCUGCACACUGGAUCAGAAAGCCAAUCAGAAAGCAGGACGAGAUGUGACAGUGUCUCGGGAACGCAGAAAACACCAGACGGGGGACAUUCUUCUCAAGACAUGAAAUCGGAAACCUCAUCUAACCCUAGCUCUCCUGAAAUAUGCCCCAACAAAGAAAGGCCAUUUAUUAAAUUGAAAGAGAAUGGAAGAUCAAACAUCUCACGCUCUUCAUCAAGUACCAGCAGCUUUGGUAGCACGGCAGGGGAGAGCGAAACCUUGGAAGAAUACGACAGCGUGGGCAGCCAGCCAUCCACAGCUUCGCCUUUCAAACAGGACGUGUUUGUCUACGGCUCUUCUCCCAGCAACGAGAAUCCAAGCAUGGCAGCUGCUGCUACACCGGUGAUCAUGAGCAGGAGUCCCACAGAUAUAAAGAGCAGAAACUCUCCGAGGUCCAAUCUAAAGUUUCGCUUCGAUAAGCUUAGCCAUGCCAGUUCCAGCACGAGUCACUAGCAGGCAACAGACAACAUGAACUUGUAAAAGUUUAUUUCUGUUUAACAAAGGGAAAAAUUCUUCUCUUCCAACAUCAAAUGGGAAACCAUAUUAGCUACACUAAUAGCAACUGCCACGCUGCAUUGUGAGAUCUUCACCUAUUCAGCUGUACCUUUAAGUAAGUCGAGAAGAAACUACCAUCUCGCAGUCAUAUCUGUAUUCUAACAAGAACCCGUCUUUUCAGAAUGGUAAGCAAGUUGCUCGACUCCCAUUUUUGUCUGACAAAACCCAUCCUUGCACUGCAGCAGGAGAUGCAUUUUCCACCAUGUACUUGAAGCAACUUCACCCUCUUGCUUGGUACUCUGAAAUGUGUUAGCCUCGUGUGCGCCUUGUAUGUACUGUAGCUAUUUGUCCUAAGAUGAGUGUUGUUCAUCUUGUAUAGCUUUCACUGGAAAAAGACAAUUCAAUAACAAAUCCUGUUUCCCAUAGGCUUUUUCAUAUUGCAACUCCGUGUCUAUCAAUUUGAGCUAGCAUAUGAUUUUCCUUGUCCAGAAAGUAAGCGGGACAGACAUUCUCUGUCAUUUCAGGAUGUCGCUGUGCUUUAGUUACCUAAUGAAAAACAGCUUGCCAGUUUGUUUGUUUGUUUUUAAGGGUGGGGGGAGCUUGUCAGGAGACAUGCACAAGCUCUUUCAACUAUAUUUAUUUGACUCUCAGCUUGGACAGGAGGGAUUUCCUCCUCCUCCUCCCUGUGCUCUGAUUCAUUAGAGGAUUUUGGAGACAAGCAAGGGCAAAAUUCUGUGCUGCUGUAAAUCAGUAGAUAUUUGACUUCAGAGAGGGACUGUGGAUGUGGCCCCGUGCGUGAACUGGAGCAGUAACUUCUGUGGGCCUCUGUUCCCUUCCUCCUUGUUAGGGUAGGAACUGUCUCAGAUGAUGGGUCUGUUCAGUGGCAAGCACAAUAGGACCUCCAGGCACUCCCACACUAGAAAUAAUACUAAUGGAGGCUCUGCCAUUUUACAGUAGAGAAUUUGGCCCUCACUUUUUAGGAGGGCAUAUGGACUGGAGAAUAGCCACUUGGCUGGAAUCUAUCCCCAACAAGCAAAUUACAAGCUGUUAAGAAGCGGACUUCUGUUGUUUGUUGUGUAACCCACCUACUCAGGAAGUUCAUCCCCUCUGCUGUGUAAUGGAUUAGACACAUGCUGUGGGGAGCGGCCGUGCAAAGUCAAAAUAGGGCUGGGAAGAAGGGACCCCCCCAUGUGAAUAGAGACUGAUGAAUAAGCAAACUCCACCCACUCAUAACCAGCUCUCCAGCUACUGGUCUACAUGGCCCUGAGGUAAGGCUGAUUUCUGCAAACAGGGCUCGUGCUUGAGCAAGGUUCUCCUUUGCUUGGGAAGCAGCGGUGUGGUUCGUAUUUUUAUGGGUGCUGUGAUAGCAUACAAGAGCCUGCAGAAUGAUCAACACAAUGCUUUUGGGAGACAGCACCAAAGAUUCUGCACGUCACUCAAUUAGUUAAGGAAGUUUGCCAUUAGAAAAGGGACAAAAAAGAAAUUGGAGAACAGUUUUUUAAGCUGUAAAAAUAUGCAACAGAUACAGUCUUGUGAGAAAAGAAAGAGAGUCAGGCCCCCUGUUUUUCCUUCCACUUUAUGCUUCAUGGAAAGCGAUUUCACUUCCCUCACAUAGCGUCAGUAGUACACAGCCUUGUUAAGGAACAGCACUUAGCUCACCUGCCACCUUUCAAGACUCAGUUGCCACAGAGAAACUGCCAGGACCUGAGGGUUCCCGUAGAACCAAAUGUAGAUGUUUAAUCAAACACCAGGGGUCUAAACGUAUGGCCAUUGCCCUGUACCUUAAGUGUACAAUGGCAUUAUGUUGGUUGGCUACUUUGCACUGUGUGACUACUGCAAAGGGAGAGUCAGUCAGUCACUCAGAGCCCAGCUGCUUAAUUAAACAUCUCCAAUAGUACUACAGGAACCCAUUACAUUAAAGAAGAGGCGCUUUCAUUUUAUCAGCAGCUGAACUGCAGAGAGAGGGGAAGUGCUUUAUAUAAUUUAAACACCUUUUCCCCUGCCCCAGACGGAGUGACUUCAGCUACAGCUGGGGAGGAGGGAUUCUGACUACUACAUAGACCUCAAAAGCACCCACUGAAUUUUGUGGGCCAGAUCUUCAGGUGGGGUCAGCAGGAGAUGCUCCAGUGACCUCAGUGGAGCUAUGCUGCCUUACACCAUGUGAGAAUUGGACCCCACAUAUCAAAGUUUAGUUUCAUGUGAAUGACUUAAUAUUUGUUCAGUACCUGACUUGUUCCUCCAAAAAUGGGGGAAAAGAUCGUGUAGUUUCUAGCGCAAAGAGUUGCUUAAAGCUUCUUUUCUGGGAAAAUAAUUUAUUAUCAUUUUAUAUUUUGUAUGGAAAUACUGGUGGAGCUAAAUGCACUUUGGUCCUUUCCCCCUCCCGUGCAUGACAGUUUGUACCCACCACCAGAAAUGACGUACAAGUAACUACUUUGAUUUUGAUAUUAGGAACUCUAAAUACCUCUAUCGAUCUCCAUAAAAUGUAGCCAGCUUCUUUUUUUUUGUUUUUGUUCUUAUGGAGGCCCCAUCCAAAGCUUACUCAAGUUAAAGGGAGUCUUUCCACUAGAGGGCUCAGGGAUUAGGCCCAUUCUGGUAGCAUGCUAAAAAGAAUGUUGUCAUUUUGCACAGUGCAAAAAGCAUUUUUUCCCCUUAAAUUAAUCCAGUUGAUUCACUAACACUGCCUCAUUAAAUGAGGGGCUUCACCUGCAUGCGGAAAGAAAAUUUUCAUACUUUGGUGCCAGAGGUUAGGGCAUCCACUUUUACAUUUGAGGCUCUGAAGUGUCCCAAAUGGGUCUCGGUGUCUAAUUUGUGGAUAUAAGUGCAGAAUUAGGCACCCCUCCAAUCACAAUCAUAAUGUGACAGAGGAAAGGUUAAAAUACAUGUGGGCAUAACAAAUUGAGGAGCCGUAUUUUCAAGCAGCCCACAACAGGGGGAGUGCUUCCCACAGGCAAAUCCCCCUCAGCUGGUACACUUCAGUGUAGUUCCUUUGACAUUAAUCAAACUAUACUGGCUUUACAACCUUGAAGGAUCUAACCCUAUGCUGGCAAAGUGCUCUGGUAACUCGGACACAAGCUUGCCUGACCUUUGGAAAGAGUCCGUGUUUGCCUCAAGCAAACUUUCACAGUAUGUAGAACCAAAUGUUCAUUUUCAGUCAGUAGCAUGCUGCAUAUUGGUUUAAUAAAACACAUACUUACAGGUGCUGUUGGUGCCUACACGCAGUAUGCCAAUUUAAAAUAAAACUAAUUGCCAUAUAAGAGCUGGUAACUAUAACAGCAGAGGAAGUAGACAAAUUGUAUUGAUUAUUUUCUCUGAGAACAGAGAGAGUGUUUUUCUUUGACAGGACAGCUCUCUGCAGAAUGAAAUACUAAUAACAAUUUUCUCCUUUCAUUUCUCUGAACAGAAUUUAAAUAUUAAAAAUGAAUAUUUUGUUUAAAUAAGGAAAAAGCACCCUCUCAAGUCCUGUUUUGCAGCAGUAUGUAUAGAUAGGUACAGAUGUCUCAGGUUCAAAAAAUCUUAAAAGGUCAGAGCUUAUGUGUGUACAUAUUUUCUACACUCUUUCCCUUAGAUAUUGUUUGAUUAAUUUCCUUAAGCCAUAUACCAAAAUGUCACCUCAUAGUUUGUUUUUUUUAACUUCUGCUUUGAGGUUUUCUUUGGUAUUUCAACAGGUUGCUUUGAUUCUACACAAGUCAUCUUUAGCUUCAGUGUUGAUCUCUGUAAGAUGUUUCAGCGCAAGACUUGAUGUCUUGAGGUAUUUCAUUAGAUACUGUGACUUUCCAUAAAAGUUGUUUGAAGGUGAUUCAAAGCCAUGCAGAUGGGAAAGUUUUUGAAAAUAAGUGAGAGAAAUACAGUGAAGUGGACUCAUCUUCACAAUAUCAAUCCCACAGAAUUUCAGAGGAGGAGGAGAAUUAAGGUCGUCAGGGAAAGUUUUCAAAAGUACCCAAACAUGUCAGGAGUAUAAGCCUGAUGAGUCUUAGAUACUUUUUACCCCCUCAUCAGUUGUGAUCACUAAAGAUCCUGUGGAGCAUUUUACAAGAGUAGGGGUUUUAAUGCUGCUGUCCUAGCCACAUUUCAGUACAAUUACUUUACCAUUCCCACUUAAAACUUCAAAGGAAGCAGACAUUCUUCUUCACUUCCUGUCCGAAACUGCUGUGCUGCACCUUGGAGGCAGCUACACAGCAGUAUAUAUUGCCAAGUGUUUCAGGACAAGAACUACACAAGACAUUAGAGGAAACCCUCAGAAUUUAGUGUAUUAACUAGAACUACUAAGACCAUGCCAUUUUUCAGUUGGAGUGAAAAAUGGGAUUCAAAAAGCAGAAACAAGAUUUUUGUCAUUCUUUACACAGUCAGCAAAAAAUAGGCAUUUCUAUGGGCCAUAAACUCCAAGUGAAGACAGGACGACAGUGUUCUGGUGUCUCUCUUACCACCUUGCACUGAUUUUACUGUAUUAACAUGGGUACUAUGGAAGUGCAAACACUGUAUAUUUAUUUAAUUUUGAAAUAAGACAUUCAGGGCCAGAUCCUCAGCUGGUGUACAUCAGCAUAGCGCCACUGACUUCAGUGAAGGCCUACUCUGCAAGUUGGGAGUAAUUUUAUUUUAUGCUUUAACUUUUCCACCACUUAUUUGAGCACUAAGGGGAAGGAAUUCUCUUCUCCAAUCUGCAGCACAUACUGCACUUGUUACCUGCCUAGAACUUUCACAGCGGGUCCUGGAGACUCUAGACUGAGAAGAAGAGGGGGAUUUUCAAAAGCUCCUAAGGGUGUUUAGCAACAUGAGUCAAACUGGAAGUCUGUGGGGCUUGUGCUGCUAAGUGGUUGAGCCUCUGAACCCCCCCAUAUAAUGUAAUAUGCAACCAAUCCCACAGUGAAAGACAGGAAAUCUCAAGUGCUGAAUGGAAUGCAGAAUUCGGUCCUGCCUCUCAAUAUGAUGCUGUUCCAGUAGCAGAAAGGGGAUUGCUUUACCACUGCGUACACAAACUUACAUGUACGUAAGUGCUUUCCUGCCUAAGUCUCACUGAAAUCCACAAAAAGCGUGGACCAUAAAGUGCUUUGUUAAAUAUGUGCUUAAGUACAUCCCUGUUCAACUGCUUUUCUGCACUAGGCCUUUGGUUAAUGUAGAGAGGAAGGGCCGAACAGCUAGCUGGUGUAAAUGGACACAUUAAUGCCAGCUGAGGAUCUGUGCCAAAGAUUUUUCAGCUGAUUGUGAGAGGUUCUUAGCACAGACAACUGCCACUGAAGUCAAUGGACAUUGUGGGGGCUCAGCACCUCUGCAGAUCAGAUCCUUUGACUGAGGUGGCUUAAGUUCAAAAUUCUGUUUCAUUUCUAAAUAGUUAACGUUUUUUUCCUCCAAAUCUUAAAGCAUGCUUUCAAUUUUUUUUGGUCAUGAAUGUAGUACUGUAUAAAAUCCUGCAAAGGAUUUUCUAAACAAUAGAAUGUGAUGAGAGGUAACAGUGUAGGAAAAAAAAAUUCUUAAUGAAAUGUAUCUGACAAAAAAUUAUUUUUUUGUAGAGAGGUGAUGCAUUGUAGAGUUUCUGGUUACCUAUGUUUGUGUAAAUAAUGUACAUUUAAUUUAUUGCUAUGGUAGCAUAUUGUAUUUGUUAUGUAUAAAAACUAAUUCUAAAGGUUCAAAAAUGUAUAUUUUGUUGCUUAAUCGUGUCUUUGCAAAGUUCACAAUAAAAAACAUAUUUUGUGCCUGUAAGCGUACCGAUUUCUGUGCACUGAUAAAGCAUUUGGCUUCAACUGCCCCCUGCAGGGUUGCUUGUGAUCUCCCUCAUGUGGUUUUAUGCUGGUUUACUUCCACGAAUUACAGUGGAGUUAUUCCUGCUUUAUGAGAUCAGAACCAAUUUCCAUCACCUGAAGCUCUUAAAAUAUACUCCAUACUUAGUGUCUUAACUCAGUAGUUAUGACACACUUUCAAAAUGGAAAAUUGAUCCAACACACUGUGGACCAAAUUUUGUUCAUGCAUCUUGGUGUAACAGACUAGAAUUUGGGACCAAUUCAGCUAACCAUUUAAUCGUGUACUUAAGUUCCAUUAAAUUCAAUGGGACGUAAGCAUGUGCGUAAAGCUAAGUUCAGACUGAAGUGGGUACUUAGCCAUUUAAAAUCUGCCACUGAAGAUAUAUAUUAAACAUAAGCUAUCAACAAUAUGAACGGCCAGUGCCUUCAUUCAGUGUUAAAACAAUGAAUGAGUGCCCUAGCUUGUCACGAGCUGACAAAUAAAUUUUCCAAACCAGCAGUCUAUCAAAUUGGGUGUUUCUCUCUUUUUAACAUUGUGAAUUAUUUACUUUAAAACCCCCCCCACAGAAGUCAUUACUAAUCCAUAGUGCCAUUUCCCGGCACCAUGUCUCUUGUUCUAGGGAGCUUAAUAUUGUAAAGAGGUGAAGACUUUUUGCCUCUUAGGUUAAGAGCACCUCCAGUAACAAGCUUUUGAAUAUCAGUGCUCUGUAGAUUGUCUAUGGGUUUGUUUCCAGGCAGAAGCUGUCCUGCUUUAACCAUACUGGUAUCAAAGUGGUACCUGCCCCUCAUGUGGUCAGUUAUAUUGGGUAUGCUUUAAAGGUGCUUUAUACAAUAGGGUUAGGCCUCAGUCAACAGGACAAGCAGACUUCCAGGUGGUAGAAAUCACUGAAGUUCAUUUGACUUUGCUAGAACUAUACCAAUUGAGAAUCUGGCUCUCGUGUUCUCUCCACUCCCCCCGACCUCCCCUGAGGUGAAUUGAUUUCACUAGAGUACUUUUUUGAAGCACAGUCCCCCUCCUUUCAAGACUAAUAAGUAAUUUAGGACGAUAUCUUGAAGUAACAUAGGUUCCUACUACUAAUCAAACCACAUGGGAGAAAGGAAAAGAAGCAGCUACUCAAUUAGUCUAAAACAUGCACAUUUCAAUAACCACCUGGCAUAACUUACCUGGAUUCCACCAGCCUUUGAGCCCUUACAAAUGUUCUCCCUGUGCUAGGUAUGAAAUUGGUUUUUCGGUGAAACUCAUAAGGCCUCAUUUAAAUCCCUGUAGUUUGGAAAUUCAGUUGUAAUGUCCCAGGUCCUUCCCUCCUGGAGCUCUCAGAAAAUGUCUGGCGGCCACAGGAGCAGUAAAGUGUUCCUACAUCUUCAGUGAACAAACCACAAAAGAAGAUUAGCUAGUGUUGCUCAGGCUUCAGGCAUUACUCCACUGUCCCUGCAACUUUAUAUCUUCAACACUGUAACAAGAGGGAAACAAAACCAGGAGGCAGAAUAAAUCUUCCUUGAUUUAUACCUCAAAGAAAAUACAGUGGUAAGUGUCAUGGGGAGUAUUACACCACAGUCUCUUCUAUCCUUUGGGAUGCAGCAGGCAGAGUCCAAAGCACUUUAAAGCUGGGAUUUUUGAAAGAGCCAAAGGGAGAUUGGUGUCUAACUCCCUUCGUCUCCCUCAGCUUAAAAUGAGGGUUAAUUGUUGCUUUGCACCAGAAUCUACAGCAGGGGGAGCAGUGAUGAUGUGCACUGGCCCAGGUGGGGGCUGUGUGCCUCAGGCAGAGAUUCUGGGGUGCACUGUUGCUGUACCACUCAUAAAGAUGUUUCCCAACUGCAGCAUCCCAUGCAGUGGGUCAGCAUGAAGGGUGUGGGGCCUUAGGCCUGGUGCUAACCAGGGGCAGUUCUUGUUCUCCUUCAGAGCAAGGAUGGUGACUAGGAAAAGGUUGGGGGAGCCUCCUUCUCCCACCCUGCCAGCUCCCAGGAGCCAGCACAACCUGGUUUUGAUAAGGGCACUGUGUAAACAGAACUUCAAACCUCAUCUGGCCUACAGUGGGGGUGCAAUCCUGUCCUCAUUUAAAUCAAUGGGGGCCAGGAUUUCACUCUGAAAUUUCAGUCACUGGGUCUGAAAAGUCACAGUGUGACUCGUAUUGGAGUAAAUGCAGCUACACCUGUGGAUAAAAUCCAAGUAUACAGACAAUCUUUCCAUGCAACUCUAUGGAGUGGACGGUGCAAACCAACCUGAGCCCAAACUAAAAACAACAUUCGCACGAAACCUUGUCAAACACAACGGCAGGCCUCUGUUAUAGAGCUAGCCAGGGAAAAACCAGGGUGGGAAUAUUGAGACCUGAGGAGUAACAAAUCCACAGAGCCUAUGCCAGAGAUUAAGAAUCAAGUCAAACAAAUCAGACUUUGAGUUUCACUUAUGGGGCUUUAUUGCUGUUAAAUGUUUAAUGACCCCUUUGCAUUUAAGAAAGCCAGCAAGCAGAUUGGUUGAUUCAGAUUUGCACAGGUACGAUACAUUCUAGACACCAUGACUUCAAGCUCUUCCACAUACAGCCAAACAAUGUAAAUGACCGCCAGAGACCCAGGCAACUUUAAAAUUCAAAUACCUUUUCUCUCCAACCAUUUCCCACCCUUAUAACCAACCUGCCUGCAUGCAACCACCAUUUUCAAAUACCUGGGGACUAAAAGGUAAGCUUUGCAAUGUGCCUAGAGGUUGAUCAGACAGUCUAUUUCAGAUGAGGGGAAGGGGGAGUUAAUUCUAAAGCUGUGGGGGCCGCACAGAGAAUUGCUCAGCCAGUAGCCCCCUAGGACUCUAGCCCGUCUGCUCAUCUCAAGGACAGAGUUUCAGGUAGGUUGGUCCUUAAGCCAUUUUGGGCUUCAUAGGUCAAAAUCAAUACCUUAAAUGUCACCUGGAAACCCAACAAGCAGCCCACAGGGAUGGCAGGGCAUUGGUGGAAUAUUUACUUACCAAACAGGCUGCCACGUUCUGGCAAUAGCUUCCAUUUCUGGAUUGUUUUCAGGUGUAGAACUUAAUUCUUGCAUAUGCACAUAAUUUACAUUUUGGGCACUGGCUAUCUUCUUUUAACUCCUCAAAAAGAAGCACCGAUAUAAAAACCAUGCCUGAGCAAUGGCACGUACAGCCUGAUGCCACCCCAUUUUGCAUAAGGUUUUUUUUUCCCUACAAACUGUGUCCCCCAAGGCAGAUGAGAAUGAUACUAACCAGUGAGCAGGCAAGGGAUGGCACAAGUUAGAGUAACAAUGGUGUGAAGGUAUUGUCCGCCUGUUAAAUAAAUUAAAGCAUUUCUAUAGCUACAAGAGAAACAUUAAUAGGACUAAGCAGGGCAAAGACACGUGUGAAGCUAUGUGGAAGGCUAAAGCAGAGACCUACAGGAAAGUUGUUUCGGAGGGCAAGUACUGCAGCGAAGGUGCUCAAACCAGCAAGGGUGGAGGCAAGACAGAGGGAACAGAGUAGAACUCUUGCUGUUCAUUUACUAAGAUAAAUUACCUGAGCACCCAUGUUGCUUUAAAAAAAA